UCAGCCCUUAUCCCUCAACCUCGCUGCAUGCAGUGUUCGGCAUUGUAUUUGAGAUUCUAAAAUAAAUACACUAAAAAAUAACCUACAGCUUCUCACAUUUGCGACACUUGUACGCCGACCGCUGCCCUCUCUCUCUCUCUCUCUCUCUCUCUCUCUUUCUCUCUCUGUCCGAGGGUGAAAAGGAAGAGUGCCGCAGACAAUAGAUGAUCCCACAUUGAGCACACUUACACACAUACAUACAUAGUGCCUGCGGGCAGAAUUUCCACGAAUUCUACAACCUAUUGUGCGUGUCAUCAACAGCUAUGGCCGACGGCACCGAACCUGCCCUGUACUGCCUGUCUCCCACAGCUUUAGCUUCUGCUGCUUUCAUCAUGCUUAAUGAAAUUACAACCAACCAACGAAUCACACGAUCAAACACAUUCUAGAGGGAGAUAGAGAGAGAGAUAGAGCACACAACAAAACAACACUCAACAACAGCGCAAAGAUUGAAAUCUAACACAGCGGUGGGAAAACAUCAAAAGUGACAAAAUGUACGAGGAGUUAAUUAGUGGAAGGACUCAUCACCGUAAAGGGGUAGAUUAUGAAUGUAUAUUUAUACAUAUAUUGUUGUGUCGCACACUAAUGCCCAGAGCAGAGGGCUCACUAAUUGAUGAGAUGUGGUUUUUGAUGAGCAGCAGAAACCAACAAAAAAAAAAACGAAACAUUCAGCAAACGAGCAUGUCUCGAAACAAUGUGCGAUGAUCGGUGCGCCGAUCUCUCCCCUUUACCACCGAGACCGUCGAAGGUUUUCGCAAAAACACUCGGCACAAGCAACUUUCACACGGGGGAAACAUUUCACACAAAUUGGUUUCUUCCACACACACAGACACACACACUCGGUACACGGCUCUUUUGCACGUGCUCAGGAGCAUUAGGAAAAUAUUCAAUUUAAAUCGGAUAAGCUCACUUGAAUAUGCACUAUGACUAUCCGGAAGCAUACUUUCGCUCGACUUUACUGCUAAUCACUUACCAACCAAAGGGGCCGUUCCAUUGCACCGUGUGGCUUUGCACCUACGGCAAGCGAAAGGGGCAAAAGGGGGGGGGGGAACAUGUAAGGCCAGAUAAACGACUCUUGAUUUGGCACACCAACACUACGCUACCGUACAUAAAUUGCUUGCAUUACCCAAACGAUACAGCUCCAAGCAGCAUUCGCCCUAUAACAUUCCAACCCAGUACACUGACCACAGACACCUGUUCUAACUGUUUCCAUCACAAAUGCAUACGCCUCCGCGCGCUCCUCGAACCCGCAUUCAUAUUCCUCUUAAAGUCUCUCACUCUUUCUCGCCCGUCUCUUGUUCUCUCCCCACCGGCAUGCUCGGGGUGAAGCUUACGCUUUUAUUUAACCAUUGGUGUUGCGUUUGUGCUCCAUCGGGACCAUUUUUCAAUUUGCCUACAUUUCAUUGCCACCCACCUUUGUAAGUGUCUCCCGUGUUCACUCUCUCAUUAAAACACAACAACACCGGCAUAAAACCUACAGACCGAGCAUGGAUUUUGCAAAUUAAUAUGUAAUGGAAAGCUGUGUGCCAUGUGGAGGCACAUAAGCUGCACGGCAGCAACAGCUCUGCCGCACAUUGUGCACGCUGUAGGUGCAAAUCCUUUCCUCUCACCCGUACGGUUGGGCGCAUUCUCCAACGGCCGAUAGAGAGUGCGCUCAUCAUUUUAUGAGCAAACAAUUUUCUCAAUAAACAUUUCUCCCCCUCCCCUCCCCCCUUCCCUCCUCCUUGCUCUAUUCCUUUCCUUUCGUACGGAAAAUGCGAUCAAACUUUGCCUCGUCGGGUGACGUGGUGACGCAAAAGGGUUCAGCUUUUCAGCACGGUGGACGCACAGGUGGUAGAUUAAAAAGUGUACGCAAAGUAAGUUUUACUUUGGCAAACCUUUCCCUUACUCGCUUGGACUCUUGUUUACUCCCAGUUUGGGGGGGAGGGGGGGGGAUCUCGUUGCUGCCGGUCCGUGGGUCAAGCAAAGAGCUUGCCAGCUUACCCGAAUAACUUGCAAAGCAAUAUUUCUACAGUGCUCACCGGUUGAUUGUGGAAGUUAGACAAAAACAAAACAGUGUUAAAAUCGCGCUCUUACCGUUACACAAGAGAAAAAAGAAACACAGAAAUAGCAGCUGUUUUGCAAAAAAUCAUUAGAAACUGUUCUGCAAAAAAAGAAGGAUUCGAAGAAGGAUGGCAGAAACAAAAACGCACCAAAGCACCAGACUGCUAUAAAUAUUCAAACUGACAAAGUUAAGAAGUGCAAGCGAGUAAAGCUGCAAGCACUGCUAAAGUACAGCGAACACGUGACGGGAGCAUAAACAACGAGUGCGACAAACGCGCAAGGGAAAGCGCAAUUGAAAGUACAUCAUAAUUUUAAGAUCCUGCACGAUGCUGUAAACAUCUCAAUGUAUUUCCAUUUUCUUUUCUCCGUUUGUUUCGCUCGCUGCAUCAUUUCUUUCACCCGUCCGCUCCUUUCAUAACCUUUUUGGGUUUUUUGUUGUUGUUUCCAGUUCCAGUCUAUUUAUUUCACUUUACCGUUUUCGAUCGAGUGCUGGGUGUUUUGUUCGUUUUCGAGCUGUUCCCGCCACUCGAGCGCUCACCCUAGCAACGGUUCGCUCGUUUGCCCUCCCUGCUCGCCUCCGUGCGGAAAAUACGAGAGUACCGCCAUUCGUUGCAAAUCAGACGGUCGAAGGAAACCAUAGUAACUGUGAGUAUUACAGCCAACUGUUACACGUUCCAUUCAUUCAUCCCAUCCCAAAGCGCCACGAGCUAGUAGCAGGACGCCGAACGACGCCGAGCCGUGGUGAAGCAAAUGGCGCGACUCCAUGAUUGAGUAUGGGUGCUCGACAGGCAGGUACGUAAUGCAGAAUGCAUAGAAACUCCGCAACAAAGGGAGAGUGAGAGAUAGACAGAUAGAAUACGAUUGAGCGAGAGCAAGAGACAGCACGGAUGGAAAAUCGAUAAAUCUCUCCUAUCUCGUACGCGGCCACACAUGAUGGCGGUAUUUAUUUGCGAGCUGCUCCGAAAAUGCUGCUGCAGUUUCGCUGCUGCUGCAGCACACACUCACGCGAAGUGCUUGCUGUUAUUCGCCGGGAGUAACCUUUGCUUAUGUAGUUUGCUAAUGUUAUCGAUGCUAAUGCAUAGUUACUUCUAUGCCCACAUUCCAUGUAUGUCUAAUGCUGCGUACAAUUAUUGCAAAAAACUCUGUAACAUCAUUACUUUGGCCAACGUACUCGAAUGGUAUUUCAAUUCGCGAUACUGAUAUCUCUUCAUUUCGGCGUAGCGACCUACGCAAUAAUGCCGGUUUGCUAUUUAAACGGUUUUCCAGGCCAAUUAUCAGUAAUCCAUAGGAAGAAGCGCUACAAUACUAACAUCAGGACUGGAGUGUUAGAAGGAAUAAACAAUGCAGUGAAUCAUGGAUGGGAAUAUUUCCUAUGACAAGAGAUAAACGGUAAAUGAGAUGCAAAACAUUCAUGAAUUGAAGUUUAUGCUAGGAGCCAUCUGAGCCCGAUUUUAGAACAGAGUCACACACUAAGGCUGGAGCGACAUUCGACGCUAAUAGACCACAGAAAUGAAGAACAGAGAAAAUAAGGAACAGAAGAAAUAUUAUUGGUGAUGAACUCAAGCACCAGAUACAAAGAAAUUUGCAUUAAUGGAGAAAAUUAUCAAUAACCAAUUGAUUGAAAAAUUUUCUUUAAAUAGGUAUCAUAAGUAAGAAAGUAGUACCAGGAAGUCAGUAGAACUAAAACACUAAAGAUCUGAAUACUAAUAUCGAGAAUGGAAAAGGAAGAAAGAGCCUAAAACAACUAGAACUACAAUACAAAUAAAGCAAACAACUAGCUCUGAAAAAAGUAAAAUUUGACCAUAAAUAACUGAAGCCCCAUACUGAACUGUUGAAACAUAAAUUACAACCCAUGUAAAUGAACAGAAACUUAAACCUGUAUAUUACAGUUUCCAUGACACGAUCACACCUGUUACUCACCAACGAUCAAAGAACCAACAUUCCACACUUGAAAGCAUUAUCACAGAGCACAUCGAACGGAAGGCGCUGAACACUGCAAUCAAAAUAAUUGUUCUCGAUGCGGCGGAAAGCUGAUAAAACACGCUCGGGAAUAUGACCAUGGCAUUAAGUCACUCGGCAACAUUGCACCGUGCAACAACUCUAAGCCAUGGGUACGGCAAACCAACCAUCUAGCAUCUGCUUUCUUCGAUGGAUCGGCUGGAUGGACACGAUCAACGGGAUCCAUCUGCACGACGAUUCUCGCCUAGCUCGGGCGUUCGAGUACACGUUUUACGCCCUUCAGCUGGUGCAGCUGCUGAAUGCCUACAAUUUUGCAGUGCUUUGCAGCAACGACACCAUCUCGCUCGAAACGUUUGCGGAACAGUUCAACCAGUUCGGUGGUAUUUUACUGACCCUGUCCCGUGUCAUCGCGAUUGUAGGCAGCUUCCCGCGCGUUUGAUCUCGGUUGCGCAGGGUAAUGUGAUGAUAUGGUUUAUCUCACUUUUUUCCAGAAUAUUUAUCGUCCCCAGCUGAAAGACACGGCCGAGUUCAUCAAUGCCUGCAAAUUUCACCAUCUCAACGAGCGCGCAGAAGAGAUCCGUGCCGGAUCCAUUCACAACGCGGGCCGAUUCCUGUCCACGCUCCUAACCGUCCAGAUAGUAACGCUUGUUUUCUGGUUCGCGCUAACUGAGCUGCAGGCCCACCGGCAGGACGUGCUGCUGCCCAUAUUCAUCUAUCUACCGUUUGACGCUUCCCACUGGCCACUAGUCGCAAAGGUAGCGUUUCGGCUGUACGCUUACCUUGCGUACGCUCAGCUGAUGCUGACCUUCUUCGGAAGCUAUAUCAUCACGAGCAGCUACCUGCUAACGCUUACCAUCGAGCUUCGCAUCCUGAACGAUUCGUAUGCUGCUGCACCGACCGAUCCGCAGCAGUUAGUAGCAUUCCUGAAGGAACGGGUCGUCUACAAAGCGGCACUGCUGCAGCACAUCCGAACCAUCAAGCGGCACAUGAACGGGAGCGUUCUGUUGGAGCUGCUGUUUAUCGUGUGCCUGCUUGCGCUCAAUGGUUUGCGCCUGUGCACCACCACCACCACCAGUGAUCUUAGCGAACUGGCACUGUCCAGCAGCAUGAUCCUGAUCUAUCUGCUGGAGCUGUUCCAGUACUGCUGGCAGGUGGAUGAGAUGGAGCUGCUACACGAGGGUCAAGCGUUCGCCGUCUACUCAACGCCGUGGACGGGUGCCAUCAUGCAGUCGAAACCAUUCCUGCUGAUCACGAUCCGUAUGGCCCAGGUACCGUUGCGCUUCAUGUGCGGUGGGAUGUAUCAACUGUCUACCGAGCUGUUUGCCUCCGUUUUGCAGUUUAUCUACUCACUCAUUAUGAUGCUUUUACAGUUUAAGUAAGCGAACUGCAGCAAAACCAUACUAUCACAAAAUCCCUUUUGCUCUCAUUUUGUAUACCUAUUACCAGAAGCAUCAAAACUGGUGCGCAUUGAUCUUUUCUUUGCCAGGCUUGAAUGCAUAAAUUCACACAAACCAUCGGGUCGCAAUGAAAUGUACCCCAUUUAUCGAUGGACCUAUAAAUUCUUCAAAUCCCUCUAAUACCACACCUUUGCACCAGCAGAGCCUCACAACUUGCAGCCAUCCCCGUGGCUACAUUUGCUUACAGUUGCCCCUUGCUCUAGCCGGAAAUCGGUACGGGUGUAAAUGUUCCCACUACUCGUUACCCGGAAGAAACUAUUUCCUGCUCUGCUGUAUAUGCCACGCACGGUCAUACUUCGUCCUGCACGAGAAAUCAGCAGUCCCUACGAAAAAGGUAAGCUUGUUGCAAAACCAAUUUCCCAUCACAAACCACAAGACGUGUAGGAAUGCAAUGGUUUUAAGCCAUAUAUCAUUUGCAACAUAUUAAAAGCUCUUAAUUUCGCUACGUUUCUUUGCCCCAAUAAAUAACACUCAGUAUGUUCCUUCAUUCUGCUAUUGAUGUUGCUAUCGAAGAAGGAGCGCCGAACCAUUCCAGGUUUCCAUUUCACAACACUCCAUUCCGCCGUACUAAAACUAACCAAAACUCUUCCCGGGGACAUCGCGACAUGCACCUUCGCCUUGCGUAUGUGUAUAUCUAUUUUUUUUUCUUUGCUUUCUUCCAAACACGAGCAAAUGCAUCGCAGUAAAGAUUCGGUGCACUGUCUGACUUCCUAAGUAUCCAUGGUGACACUGAAGACAGUCGAUGGGCGCACAAGGACUAUCGUAGGAUUUUCAACUUUCCCAACCUUUCCGGUUCUGGACCGGCUGACGCAGGUGUGCUUCCACAGCGAGGAAAUUGUGCUGAAACACAGUAGAGACCACGCACACCGCGCUCGCAAAGAAGAGAACACUGAAGUAAAGAAGGAAAUGGAAAACGGCAAAUGGGAACGGAGGGACUGCAUCAUAAAAAUAAAUUGCAUUCAUAAAUAUUCCGUCGUUGGAUUGUGACCGGCCGGUGCGAAGUCGAGUGGACUCUGAUACGGAAAGAGAGUAGUCAGCUUAGGGGAGGAGAAUUAUUCCUGCCCUUACACAAAAAAAGAAGGAACGCCUAUAAGAACCCACCUGUCCCACAAAUCGCACAUUUGGUAGUUAUGGUCACUUGAAAGUUCCGAACUGAGCUUUUGGUCGAUACGGGAUGAGGUGAUCGUUAGGCUAGGCUUUUUUCGUUAGGCAUCCAGCGACGAAACUUGAAGGAUGCCGUUGAGAAGAGGGUUUCAAGGUUCCUUUCUAAGCGUUUUUUAAAUACAACUUCCAUUAGCUGCCACUCUGAGCCAUCAUGAUUGUAUAAUAUUAAUUGCAGAUGGUUGUAAACAUUACUCUAUUCUUUCAAAAAUGAUUGUUAGUAGCAAAAUUCAAGUAAACCCCCAAAAGGAAAGAUAAUCUUCUGAAAUACGGAGUAAAAACCGACGUAUGUCUAACUGCACGUGAAUCGCUUCAAACUUUAGCCACAUUUUUACUGCAAGAGAUCUGUUUUAUUGCUUGCACAAGGACACACAAAUGUUCACAAUGCUUCUCAGAUGCAAUACUUCUUCAGAUAUUCUUCCCUUCCAACUGCAUUCUUUUGCUGCGGCACGAAAAAAGUUAACCACUUUCCUAGCCGAAUUGCACAUCCCCAAGAGCACACUGCAGCCCCGUUCCAGGCGGGCCAGAAUUGCGAAACUAACUGCUGAAAAUAAGACACAAUCGACCCCGAGAAACAUUCUAUACCCCGGAGGGGCGGUUAGAUAUUACUUCUGCUGCAAUCUGCCCUCAUUCUCAAAGACAAGAUUUUGUUUUUUUUUUUCUUGAAAUGGCUUAUUUCCCCAAAAUCCCUGGCAAAUGUAUGUCGCGAAAAAAACACACGGAGUUACGUUCCAACAGAGACAAGUAGCACAUCGUUUAAUCGUUUUCCGGAGCCAAAUUUUCUUUCGCUUUUCAAGUGACAGUUUACAAUUUAUGGCGAAAUCGGUCGAAACUGAACAGAAGUACGUCUGGCUUUUCCGGACAAAAUAUCUAGCAUACUUGACAGUGCACACUGAAGCACGGUAGGACGGAAAGACAAGUGGUCUGGCACUGGCAAUUGGAGAGUAGAGAAUCAUUCCGUGCACUCGAAAGACCACGCUUAGUGAAGCUUCGUAAUUCUUCCAAUAUUGCAAAAAAAAUCAACCUAUAUUGAAAGCUUAAUAGUUUCUAUAUAUGUAGACAUUGGAAGGUUAAUAGGGCCAGUCUAGUCGUCAGCUCGUACGACUUAACAAUAUGCCCUUCAUGGGUUUGUGCCGCGAGUGGACCGUGUUCCCAAUCGUAGGACUGACUAUCCUGCUAUUUGUAAUCAGUAAGUCACUGAAAGUCAAGCCCAAUAGUGGAACAGGUAGGCAUUGACCGACAACGGUUGUGUUAAUGCCAAAGCCAUAUAGAACAACAACAUUCCUGUGUAGUCUGUUGCUAAUUGCAUUCCUACACUCUUGCACUUAAACAACAACAACAACAACUUCAAAAAGCAAUCACAAUCUUCGAUCUUUCCGGAAACUGACUGGUUCUAACCUGCGUUUGAGACAAUUUCGAAUGAAUUUUUUUUACCAGCAUUUAUCGACGAACUAUAACUUAUGACCUGCUUUCAGACAAACGCUCAACACACAAAACAACUCCACAAACAUACUUCCGACGUCAAUUAUUUAUUCCGCUCGAAGCUUAAUAAGCCCAAUACACGUACGGUACCAGACACGGGCGAAAGACCAGAAGCUGAGCAGAAGACAACGUUCGAUUGGUACACAACUGCGCGCACACACACACACACACACACUCCACAAAUAGCGUGUGUCCAAAGCGACAACUUCAAAAGAAAGUGCUUCGCAAUGAAAUAUGCAUCCCAUCGACACGACGUCACCAAACCGUUUGCAGAGAUACGUAUAUAUGUGCGGCUCGGAGAAUAUACGUCUCCCUUCGACUUGGUUCCUUCGAACGCAUCAUCAUCCACCCGGAAAGAGGCUUUUUGCCCACCCACCGCGCCCGUGGUACUGACUGUACUGGGCAGCAAUGGAGCCAACAGUCAUUGCAUGGAUGAAAAAUAAAUAUCGAUUGAAAGCCACCAUGCCAGCCAUGAGCAAUUCAUAACCUCACACUUGAUCGGGUUUGCCAGUUGCCGGGAAUUAGUACUGAAACAUCAGCAGCGCAACGGAACUGCACCCUACUGCAUCGAAUGCUUUUGCAAUCAUUAGAAGGUUGUUGUUGUUGUUGAUGAUGUGGAGGGCUCUUUUAAUGCCCUAUCUUCCCGACCUGGGCCGACGAUUGCAAUCCAAUCAUCCGAAAAUGCAUCAAAUUAAGCAUAGGCAGUUGCCGUCCAACAGUUACCAUUUCUGUUGAAGCAUAUGCCUUCAGGCUCCAAUCUAAUUUGUUUUAGAAACAUGUUGCUCGACAAAGUUGCCUAUUUAGGGAAGAACUAGACAUGCUUUUAGUUGCUGAAAUUAGUAAUUUUGUAUAUAACUGUACAGCGUAGCCAACAUAAACCA